AUGAAUUCUCCUCGUCCAACUCUGGUAUUCUUUGCGGGUGCGUUUGCUGAUCCCUCUUGCUUCGAUCGUGUUGUGCCUCUCUUCGAGAAGGCCGGAUAUCCAUUCGUCUAUGUUCGCAUUCCUUCCUGCAAUCCAGACCCUUCCAAUUUGGACUCAAUAUCUUCCUCCAACGACGUUUCAGAAGCUCGCAAAAAUGUUCUAUUGCCUCUGAUUGAAGAGCAACACAAAGAUGUAAUUGUUAUUGCUCAUUCUUAUGGAGGAGUCGUUGGAGGAGCUGCUGCAGCUGGUUUGAGUAAAGCUGCUCGUAACUCUCGCGGCGAAGCUGGUGGUGUCUUGGGUCUGGUAUAUUGGGUCGGCAAUAUUGUCUGUGAAGGUGAAAGCUUAUUUGAAGCUGUCGGUGGUGCAUACCCUCCUUUCAUCAAAAGUGGAACACCAUCUCCGGGUCUUGCAGUCAUUGAUCCUGUAAUGCCAAUCCUCUACGCUGAUUGUGACACAUCUUUAGCAUCGAAUCUCGAAGCUGCUAUGAUUCCCCAUGCCUUAGCAGCCUUCGAGACCCCGGCUCCGGCUCCAGCUUGGGCAGAGGCUUCUUUUGAUGGACGUCGUGUCUACAUUCGUACUGCGGACGACCAAUGCAAUCCAUUGUUUUUACAAGAUAUUUGGAUCGAGAAGAGCAAAGUUUCGUGGGAUAUUGCAGAUCUCAAGACAUCCCAUUGUCCAUUUAUCAGCUGCCCCGAGGAAAUCGUUCAAACAACCCUUAAUUUCAUUGAGAAAUGGACUUAG